GUUAUGAAAUCAGUGCUCUCGCCCUGUUGAGGCUGCUGGAGUUCUUUUUCUUCCUCUCUCUCUCUCUCUCACACACUCACACUCACCUGGCACCCACACACACACACAUCCUGGUCCUCUUCCUUACUGCAAGUGAUCCGACUGUCGCCCGGAGCGUUGAGGCCCGGCCAGCUUUGAUUUAAUUUAACAGCCCAGUCGCUUUCGUUGAAGCUUCGUUUCAUCAGCUGAGACAAGAGGAGGAGAGAGGAGGAAGAAGAAGAACAGUGAUGGCUGUGACCGACAUAGCGGAGGAUGACCUGGAUGAGAUGAUGCGUGAGGAGGCGGAGGAUGUCUUCUACGAGGAAGGAGUGUCGACCCGCGUCCCCGAGAUCAUGGCGGCAGGAACCCACUCCCCUGGAGGGCCCAAUGGGAUCAUCCGAAGUCAGUCCUUCGCUGGGUUCAGCACUCUGCAAGAAAGACGUUCAAGGUGCAAUUCAUUCAUGGGCAACUCUGCUGUGCAAAAGAAGCCUCAGUCCAAGCCCAAGAAGCCCCACCUGUCUGGUCACAAAGGGGGCAGCAGCUCCAGAGAACCGCAGCCCAAAAGACUGGAGGAAGUUUACAACGCUCUCAAACAAGGACUUGAUGAGUAUUUGGAGGUUCAUCAAACGGAGCUGGACAAGCUCACAUCUCUGAUGAAGGACAUGAAGAGAAACUCUCGCCUGGGAGUUCUGUAUGAUCUUGACAAGCAAAUCAAAGCCAUUGAGAGAUACAUGAGGCGUCUGGAGUUUCACAUGAGCAAGGUGGAUGAGCUGUACGAAGCGUUCUGCAUCCAGAGUCGACUGAGAGACGGCGCCAGCAGAAUGAAACAGGCUUUCUCCACGUCACCGUCUUCAAAAGGGACCAAAGAGAGCAUCGCUGAAGUCAACCGACGAUAUAAAGAGUACACAGAGAACAUGAGCACGUUUGAAAGCGAACUGGAGAAUCUGCUUGGAGAGUUUCAUAUUAAAAUGAAAGGUUUGGCAGGUUUCGCUCGACUCUGUCCGGGAGACCAAUAUGAGAUCUUCAUGCGCUAUGGCCGUCAGAGAUGGAAGUUGAAGGGAAGGAUCGAGGUGAACUCCAGGCAGAGCUGGGACGGAGACGAGAUGGUCUUCAUGCCUCUUAUCACAGACUUGAUCAACAUCAAGGUGACAGAGCUGAAGGGUCUGGCCACUCACAUCCUGGUGGGAAGUGUUAUCUGUGAAACAAAGGAGCUUUUCACUGCCAUGCCUCAGGUGGUCGCUGUGGACGUCAAUGACCUUGGGACUAUCAAGCUCAACCUGGAAGUCACGUGGUAUCCCUUUGACGUUGAGGACUUGACUCUCUCGUCUGGCAACGUCAGCAAAGCAGCAGCGCUUCAUAGAAGGGUGUCCAUUUACAGCCAGGGGACACCAGAGACCCCCACUUUUCAGGACACUUCCUUCUUCUCCACUUUACCCGACGAUGUCUUUGAAAAUGGAGGCUGCGGCCUGGCCGAAUGCAAGCGUCUCUCCUUCACCUUCUCCGACACCUCUGGUUCUACUCCCAGUCCCAGUCCGGCUCCAAGCUGCCACUCGGCGGCCCUGUCCAACCCCGAGAUCACCAUCACUCCCCCAGAAAUGGAGCGAUCGCAUUCCCAAAUCCUCACAACCAGAGAGAGCUCCAUCGCAGAGGAGCAUUUAGUGGAAGAGGAGGAUGAGGAGGAUGGCGAGACCAGCAGCAGAGACAGUGGCACCAGCGCCAGCCUUGCCAGCGAUGAGGUGGAGGUGGAGGUGGAGGUGGCGGAGGACUCCGAGUGGGAGCGAACUGAGUCGCAGAGGAAUUCAGGCUCCAACUCGGGCUCAGCCGCCCCGUCGUGCUGCUCCGAUGGUCACCUGUCCACGGUGGCGCCGGAGGACGUCUUCCUGGACCACGCUGAGGAGCUGAAGCCUGUGGAGCUGGACACUGAGGAGGCGGGCAGCCUGACCCGACAGCUGGUGAAGAGGCUGAACUCUUCCGAGAUCGAGCAAGAGGAAGCGUGUGCCGCCGAGGGCGGAGGCCUGAGCUGGGCCGGCGAGGGCAGCCGGGCGUUUCUGGAGAGCAGUUUGGAGGAGGCCGUCCACUGUCUCCUCAUGAAGCUGGAGUCACUGACCCACCGCUGCAGAGAGCUGCAGGACCUGGAGCAGGAAGUCAUGCGGCUGGAGGAUCUACUCAAGUGUCGUCUGCCAGGUCACAGGAGCCGAUCCUCGAGCCUCAGCUUGACAGUAGAGAGCGCUCUAGAGAGCUUCGACUUUCUCAACACCUCAGACUUCGAUGAUGAGGACACAGGAGACGAUAACGCUGUGCUCAGCACUCCUCCGCAGAGGUCGCCGCUUUUUGAUGCAGACGGAGAGAGAAUCAGCCAACAUCCAGAGGCCAGAGGUCACCUGAGUGAAGCCUUGACCGAGGACACCGGGGUGGGCAACAGUGUGGCGGGCAGCCCUCUACCACUGACCACCGGGAACGAGAAUCUGGACGUGGCCAUUGUCAUUCAUCUACAGUACUGCAACCACCUCAUCCAGCUGCUGACAAGUGUUGGGGGCGUGUGGCAGCGCCGCAGUCUUCUCCUCAAGCUCUCCGCUCAGACUCAGCUGAUAGAGGAACUGGCAGAGAUCAGCGCCGACAGACUGGGCAGUGUCACGACGGCUGCCGACGUCCUGCCAGGUCUCGCCGAGCGCCCGGAGCUGAUGUCUCUGUGGUCAGAGUGCAGCGGGUCAGACGGACUUUUCCACACCACGCUGGACCGGGUCUUCAAGCACAUGAACCAGCGCUACAGAACAGCGCUGCAGGAGACGGACUCACAGGCUUUGGACACAGUGAUCAGCCUGGUGGUGAGCGAGAUGGUGGACAGAAGCGACCUGAUGGCUCCUCCAGCUGGAGCGCUGUCGCAGGACGUCCUGACUGUCUUUCAGUUCCACACCUACAUCUUGCAGCAUGAAGUUGAAGACAUGGAGACUCACCUGCUCAACCUGGCCCGAGAAGAUGAGUUUGCAGAAGUGCUGUCCGGGAUGGAUCCUGCUCUGUGUCUGUCAAAGCUGCAGGAGGUUCCUGUGUCCACCCUGUGGCCUAAACCCAGCACCCUGCGGUCACUGGCGAACCUGCUGACAGUGCAGGAUCCUCAGGUCAGCAAGGCUGCAGGAGACUAUCUGUCCUCGACGGCGUCACACGGUCACCUGAGGAGCAGGGCGGUGGAGUGUUACACUCAGGCUCUGUCCGAGGCAGGUGGUCAGGUUCAGAGGUCAGCCUGCUCGGCUCUCAGCUGUCUACAGGCUGUGGAAAGUAUCAGAGCCGUCGUGUCACUGUGCGACUCAGCUGAUGAGGAGCUACGUCACGUCGCCAUAGAAACCCUGCUGACGCUUGGUGAGGAAGGUCGUCUGGCCUACGAGCAGUUGGACACCAUGCCGAGGGAGAUGGUGCGUUUAGGGACACGACGAGGAAACGCCGUCACCACUGCCUUCUGAUCCCCCGAGGACCAGCCCUGUCACCCGGUUCCGACCACCGCACAGGACCGGCAGCGAUUGCUGCAGCACAGCCACAUGUUCCCACUCACACUGCCUCUUCGUGAUAUUAACCAAACACACAAGCUCCUCCCACUGCUCUCUGAGCCACAGUUCACUUCACUGAGGAGCACAGAGACUCUGCCUCAUCACCUCCAACACGCCGGUGUCACUCACUCUAAAUGAUCCUUUUUGUUCGACACGCUUGACUCACGCCGUCACCACCACUGUUGUUAUUCACACAUUUGAGUUCGGGCGCUCUCGGUAGUUUUCACAUGUAAAUAACAACCCAGUCACACGUUUGUUCUAUUAAAUGUGCAUAUUUAAGUUCCACUCAUGUUUGAGUUCAGUUGAUUUGUGUACAGUUGUUUGCAGCGCGGAGGAAAAGUAUGUGAAAUGUGAAGUAAGCGGACCGAUUUGUGACCUCAGCUGUCAUGUUUUUAUCGCUAUGAAUAUAUGGUUAUUGUUCUAUCGCAGUUUAACAAGUGCAAUUUCUUUGUAUAUAGGACGCUUUCUGGCCGAGGUGGACCAUUUUAGCCUUGGUGUGGUUCGGCAGGAUGCAGCGAGGAUGCACUUUUGUUAGGGGCGGUACAAGUAGGAAAAUAUGCCGGCUCCGUGUUGGACAUGGAGCUCAAGUGUGGCAGUCUGGGGACUGAAGUGUUAACUCAGGUCUGGAUUGAAACAACCUUCGAAUCGUUACUACUGAAAAGAUCUCGCUUUUAUUUAUUGUUCACGCAGUUACAGUGAUGUUUUUUAACUCCUCCAGCAACUGAAGCGGAGGUUAUUUUGCAUUAAUCAUCAAAGAUUGAAUUGUCUUUCGUGCCCCGGAUUUAAAAUGCAUUUUAUAUUCUGCAACCAAAGGAGAAUUUGUUCGCUAUUCAGCCAGCAGAAUGUAUUUUAAAAGCAUUUCAGAACUCUAAAGCACAAUUCUGAAAAACACAAUUCUAUAUGAAAAAGCCAUAUGACGAACAAUAUUUCCCAAAUGUGUUUUGUCAGAGACGAUGAAGGUAAACACACAGUCUACAUUGCAACGAACAACUUCUUCCAUGAUGUGAAUAACGGCAGCAGUAUUUUAGUUGAUCUGUUCUUUUGUAAUAAUAAUGUUGAAAGUGUCUUGAGUUCAGUCGAUCAGUGUUUUAUCUGCUGAAUCCCACAUAAUAUUGCAGACGUUUUAAAUUUUAAGUUUAAACUGAUAUCGGCUUUGUGCGCUCCGUUGCUCUCUAAUAUUGUGGUCGGCAGUAUUUGUUCUGCUCCAACGUUGCAAUAAAGUUUAUUUUUGGAUAUUUAA